AAUUUCAGUGCAAGUCACAGUUAUGAAGAGAGUGAAAAGAGGGCGAAAAAAGUAUUUAAGCAGCACGCAAAACGCGCAAUCUUUGUAUAAGUAGAAAAAAUUUCAUUCGAGCUCUGCUUCUGCUUUUGUUGGUUUUCACGUGUUGGUAUUUUUUUAUUUAGUACUUAAACACGUUUUUAUUUUCACAAACAAAGAGACAAAUUAUACGGUGUUUACAAACGUGAUAGAGAGAAAUAGUAAACGAUAACACCCAAAGCGGAGCAUGGAAAAAAGUAAACAUUAUUUUUACAAGAGUCAAAAGCGGAUUAAAUGGGCAGAAAACCUAAAAUUUGCCAUCAUUAUUAUAAUCUUGGAAAAGUUUUUGAAAAUUGUACAUUGUUUGCUCCAAGAAGCUAAAAGCAUAAAAACAAGGUUAAAAAAUGAAAAAUUAGCAAAAAAUGACCGUGCAUUUUUGGUGUUUGGUUCUGGAACAAUGAAAAACACUUGUUUUGCUUCUUUAAUUACAAUUAUUCUUUUUGCUAAUGGUGUAAAUGUAACUUCUACUGAAGAAACAAACAAUAAAACUGUGCCAUGGAAAACUAACAACUUUAAAUCUGAAUUAGUGUCAUCAUCUCAAAAUCCAGCAAGUUCACGUUCCGUAGCCAAUUCGUUUCGAAUAGUGGGCAUUCGUUUGGAAGAUGACACAGUUGAGGCACAGAACGGCAUACCAAGUGUGUUAAUAGACAAGCAACAAACUUUUCGAGUUUUUGGUAGCGGACUACAAAAAAAUACUGCAAUAACGUUUACCAACGAAAAUAAUGAUUAUGGUGGUGCAUGUCUAAAGCCAUCUACUGACCUGUUUACCCCUAUAGAAGUGGCCAGCGAUGGAUUUUCAGCGACGUACUCAGUAAAAUUUCCUUCUUUUAUAAAUGAAUUUUAUAUUUGUGCAAAAACUGCUGAGAAAACAACAAAUUAUAGCAAAGCCGCAACUACGAAGCCUUUAGAGCAUCAAGGAAAUUCAGAUUGUUUGAAGAUAAAAACUCAUAAACCAUUAUUACCAGUGUGGCUGGCAAUAAUUAUUAUUGUAACAUGUCUGUGCUUUUCGGCUUUAUUCUCUGGACUUAACCUGGGCUUAAUGUCAAUGGACCGCACAGAAUUAAAGAUACUGCGGAACACUGGUACGGAAAAAGAAAAAAAAUAUGCAUCAAAAAUUGCACCUGUUCGAGAUCAAGGUAAUUAUCUAUUGUGCAGUAUUCUCUUGGGUAAUGUGUUGGUUAACUCAACCUUUACCAUUCUGCUGGAUGGUUUAACUUCUGGACUGUUUGCUGUUAUAUUCUCCACAUUGGCCAUCGUACUUUUUGGGGAAAUUACGCCACAGGCUGUCUGUUCAAGACAUGGUUUGGCCAUUGGAGCAAAGACCAUUUUAAUAACAAAAACUGUUAUGGCUAUAACAGCACCACUCUCUUAUCCAGUUUCGCGUAUUCUUGAUAAGUUAUUAGGCGAAGAAAUUGGAAAUGUUUACAACCGUGAACGUUUAAAAGAACUUGUUCGUGUUACUAACGAUGUUAACGAUCUUGAUAAAAAUGAAGUUAACAUCAUAUCUGGAGCUCUAGAAUUACGUAAAAAAACAGUUGCUGAUGUAAUGACGCACAUAAAUGAUGCUUUCAUGCUGUCAUUAGAUUCUUUACUUGAUUUUGAAACUGUGUCUGAAAUUAUGAAUUCUGGUUAUUCACGUAUUCCGGUAUACGAUGGCGAUAGAAAAAACAUUGUGACGUUGCUAUACAUUAAAGAUUUGGCUUUUGUUGAUACCGAUGACAACACGCCUUUAAAAACUCUAUGCGAAUUUUAUCAAAAUCCAGUUCAUUUCGUUUUUGAAGAUUAUACUUUAGACAUUAUGUUCAAUCAAUUUAAAGAAGGAACAAUAGGGCACAUCGCUUUUGUUCAUCGCGUAAAUAAUGAGGGCGAUGGAGACCCAUUUUAUGAAACUGUAGGUUUGGUUACACUGGAAGAUGUUAUUGAAGAACUGAUUCAAGCUGAAAUCGUGGAUGAAACCGAUGUGUUUGUUGAUAAUCGUACAAAAACCAGACGAAACCGAUAUAAAAAAGCAGACUUUUCGGCUUUUGCGGAACGUCGAGAAGUGCAAACCGUACGGAUUUCUCCUCAAUUAACAUUGGCUACUUUUCAGUACUUAAGCACUGCUGUCGAUGCCUUUAAAAAGGAUGUAAUUUCGGAGCCCAUUUUGCGAAGAUUACUUAAUCAAGACGUUUUCCACAAUAUAAAAACAAAAGGAAAAAGUAAAGACGACACAAGCCUUUAUAUUUUCACACAAGGAAAAGCUGUCGACUUUUUUGUACUUAUAUUGGAGGGUCGGGUGGAAGUCACAAUUGGCAAGGAAGCCCUUAUGUUUGAAAGUGGCCCCUUUACCUAUUUCGGAACUCAGGCGUUAGUGCCAAAUGUGGUCAUUGACUCUCCAACACAAAUGGGUUCUUUGCAGUCUUUAAAUAUGGAUUCGAAAAUUCGACAAUCCUUUGUACCUGAUUAUUCCGUUCGUGCUAUAUCUGAUGUGAUCUACAUUGCAAUUAAAAGGGUUUUAUAUCUUACGGCAAAAAAAGCUACUUUGUUGGAAAAGAGUCGUAAAUCAGGAACAUUUUCCAGUGAGACUUUUGAUGAUGAAGUGGAACGAUUAUUACACUCUAUAACAGAAGAUGAAAAACCACGGUUCCUUGCACCAAAUCAAAGUACGAGACGCCUAUCUAAGCCUACCCGUAGUGUGAAUUCAUCACCUACAAAUAUAGAAUUAUCUCACGACGAAAAAAGCAACAGUGUCAGUGAACCUUUUAAAGAUAACCGGAAGAAAAGCAACCCUGAGUAUACGGAUAAUGCCUCUAUAAGUAGUUUAGUUCCUUCAGAAGAAGGAGAUCUGCAAAAUGGAGAACACGAUGACAGAGACACGCCAGCAGCUUCCAUGCCCCUUUUGCCAAAGUUGGAUGGUAGUUCUGAAAGUUGGCAAAGUAAGCCUCAAUAAGAAAAUAAGGUCAACAUCAAUUAUUGAGCUUAUUGUAGAUAAUUAAAUUUUCCGUAAUAUUCAAAAACUGUUGUUAAACUCGAAAUCUUAAAGCCUUAUAGUUACUUUUCACGCAUAUUUGUACUUUACUUUACUUGUAUUAUUCCUUAAUUGUUGUUUAAAUUCAAGUAAACAUGUUUGAUUACAAAGCUUUCAUAGAAUAAUUAACUUUUAUAUUUUUGUGUGAAUGAAAAGUUACCCUGCACUAGUGUUAUUAAACAGGUAACAAAUAUAUAAAUACAAAAUGCAUGUCUUUAUAUAUUUGUUUUCAUUAUUAUUUACCUAUAUUUGCGUUGCCUCGUAAAUAUCGUACUUAAAAUGUUAUUUAAGCAGUAUAGCUUAUCCUUCUUACUCUUUAUUCCCUGUUCCUAUUAAGUGGUUUUUAUCUUGAUUUAAUUAUAUGUUAUAGAAGAAAACACUUAAAUGUGUUCUUAAACACAGCCAAACUGGUGUAAGCCCUUUUUCACUUGUAAUAAUUUAAUAAACAAAUUUAACCAGAAA